AUGCAAAACGUUAAAGACGCCGCUCAUGCUAUUGCAGAAAAAGUGAAAGGUGUAACAAGUGGUGCUUCACAUGAAGCAAAUAAAGAAGCAACUAAGACUAAUAACCUCUCAAUAGUCGAAGAUAAAAGUAAUGAAACUAAGAAAGAAUCUGCUGAAGAACGAGGUGUAAUUAGUCAUAUUGGUGAUACAAUAUCUAAUGCAUAUCAUUAUGUUGCGGAAAAAGUUCAUGAGGCAACAAGUGUUGUAUCAUUCGAAACGAAUAAAGAAAAAGUCAAAGAUUCGGAUAAUACAGUUGGUGAACGUGUUGAAGCUGCUUGUUCAGCUAUUGGUGACAAGACUGAAGAAAAAGUUCAUCAAGCAAAAGCUGAAGCACAUAAAGAAGCCAUUUAG